AUGGCUACUUAUCAAGAAUUUAAGCAAGUUCUUGUUGACCAAGAAUUGAAGAAAAGAUUCAAGCGUGAUUAUGAUGGGGAUUUGGGUGGUAACCCCAUUGGAGUACACGUUGGUGAUGAUGAUUCUUCGAGCACCUCUAAAGAUGCAGCAGGAACCUCAUCUCUCGAAGAUCUUUAUAAGCAUGUUGCUGCGCUUGAGAAAGCGGCGUUGAAUAUUGCUGCCUAUAUCAGAGAGAAAAGAAUAAAUAAAAAGAAAAAGGAUGAGCGACAACACGAGCGAGUGCAUGUGGACCUUUGUGAAUCUGAGAGGAAGAAAGAAGGAGAAAAAAGGAGAAAAAUGGAUGGGUUGGCCUUUGUUGUGGCAGAAGAGGAAAAAGAAGAAGAAAUGGAAGAAGAUAAGAUCCAAGACGAAGGUGGAAAAGUAGCAGCUGCAGAAGAAGAAGAAGAAGCAGCAACAGAUGAACAAGAAGGCGAGGAAAAAGAAAAAACUGAUGAACAAGAAGCUGACAAAGCUGACAAAGAAGAAGUUGAGAAAGAAGCAGCAAGAGAAGAAGGAGAAGAAUAUGUGGAAGAAAAGGAAACUGAAGAAGCACCAGCUACUGCAGAUGCUGAUAAAAAUGGAGAAGAAGAAUUGCUCGAAGGAAACAAGAAAUUUGGCGAAGCUCACACUCUAAGUACUGUCGAUCUUCUCCCAGACCAUGGAAAAAACGUUCAAAGUCAUUUCGAAGAAGAAGCAGAUCAUAGUGACGAGGGGGGACUCGCCUGA